AUGAAAAUCAUCAUGUCGAUGGUUUAAAAAUAAUCUCUUUUCGAUAACACGUGCGACUUUUGUACCUGAAUUCAUUUAUUACGUAAUAAAACUGCAAAAACAUUCAAGAUUACAGCAAGACCCCCAUUAUUAGACCAUCCAUUUCAAAGUGGUUAUGCAACCAACAAUACAUAUGUGGGAAGUCAGUUGCAUCGUAACAAACUGUCAAAUGUCACAAGAAUAAAUUUUCGUAACAAAAGUAAUUUAUUUCGUAAAAAAACUACAACUUAUUCUAUUUUCAACAAUGGUUAAUGUGAUGAAAGGCGUUUUGGUCACCUGUGACCAAGCCAUGAAACAGUUUCUUUUAUAUUUGGAUGAGACGACAAAACUUGGCCGAAAAUUCAUAAUUCAGGAUUUAGAUGAAAAUCAUUUAUUUAUUUCAGCCGAUAUUUUGGAAACGUUACAAGCAAAAAUCGACGAUUUAAUGGAUCAAAUAAGCUUCCCAGUCGCCGAAAAAAGCAAUUAAACAUAAGUUAGGUUAUGUCAUAUUGAUGUGGUUAAUUUAUAAAUAAAACGUGGAAUAACUAUGAAA